AUGGGACCCCGGGCCAGGGAAGUCUGCUCCCUCAUCAUCCUGCCGCGGCUCCUGGCUGAGCCGGCUGAGAACUCAGACUUCUACUUGGCUGGGGAUUACUUCCUCGGUGGCCUCUUCACCCUCCAUGCCAACGUGAAGGGCAUCGUCCACCUCAACCUCCUGCAGGUGCCCCAGUGCAAGGAGUAUGAAAUAAAGGUGUUGGGCUACGAUCUCAUGCAGGCCAUGCGCUUUGCAGUGGAGGAGAUCAAAAGCCAGAGCAGCCUGCUGCCUGGCGUGCUGCUGGGCUACAAAAUGGUGGAUGGCUACCAUCUCAACAAUGUCCAGCCCGUGCUCCACUUCCCAGCAAAGGAGGUGUUCCUGCCCAUCCAGGAGGACUACAGCCACUGUGUGCCCCGUGUGGUGGCUGUCAUUGGCCCUGGCAACUCUGAGUCCACUGUAACUGUGGCCCGCUUCCUCUCUCUCUUCCUCCUUCCACAGGGGAGGCUCCUGGGUCCUGGGAUCACCUACAGCGCCAUCAGUGACGAGCUACGGGACAAGCAGCGCUUCCCGGCCCUUCUGCGCACAGCGCCGGGCGCCGAUCACCAGAUCGAGGCCACGGUGCAGCUGAUGUUGUACUUCCGCCGGAACUGGAUCAUCGCGCUGGUGAGAAGCGGCGACUGCGGCCGCGACGACAGCCAGCUGCUCAGCGAUCGCCCGGCCGGCGGCGACACCUGCAUCGCCUUCCGGGAGACGCUGCCCAUGCCCCAGCCCAACCAGGCGGUGACGCAGUGGGAGCGCCGGCGCCUGAAGCAGCAGCGGCAGAGCUCUGCGCGCGUCGUGGUCCUGUUGUCGCCAGAGCUGGUCCUGCACAACUUCUUCCGCGAGGUGCCGCAGAACCUCACGGGCGUCGUGCGGGUCGCCUCCGAGUCGUGGGCCAUCGACCGGGUCCUGCACGACAGGCCCACGCGCUGCACAGCCUCCUGGGCUGCACCCAGACCAGCCGCUCCGGGUCGUCUAUCCCUGGCAGAUCCCCAUCCAGAGGCCGCCACCGGGGAGGAGUUUCCUCCUCUCAGCUCCCGAGACCACCGCCCUCAGUCCCAGCAACAUGUGCAAAUUCCAAAGAGGCUUCUGGAGACCUCACUCCCUGGGCAGAGCAGGAAGAAGCUUCGCUUCCUUUCCCUGUGGCCUCUCCAGCUGCUUCAGGAAAUCUGGAAGGUCAACUUCACCCUCCUGGGCCACCAGAUCUUUUUUGCCCAGCGAGGGGACCUACUCAUGCGCCUGGAGAUUAUCCAGUGACGGUGGGACCUGAGCCAGAACUUUCCGGUGCUACGACGGCUGAGGGCCAUCCGUGACGUCUCCUGGCACACGGCCAACAACACGAUCCCUGUGUCCAUGUGUUCCAAGGACUGCCAGCCUGGGCAAAGGAAGAAGCCCGUGGGUAUCCGUCCCUGCUGCUUCGAGUGUCUCGACUGCCUUCCGGGCGCCUUCCUCAACCAAACCGCAUACGAGUUUGGCUGCCGGCUCUGCCCGAGUUGCGGGUGGUCCUGGAGGAACGACGCUUCCUGCUUCAAGCGGCGGCUGGCCUCCCUUGAAUGGCGCGAGGCACCCGCCGUCACUGUGGCCGUGCUGUCCAUCCUGGGCUCCCUCCGCACCCUGGCCAUCCUGGUGAUCUUCCGGAGGCACCGCCACGCGCCCAUGGUUCGCUCGGCCGGGGGCCCCAGGUGCUUCCCGAUGCCGAUGCCACUGCUGUAGGUGACGGUCCCCAUGUACGUCGGGCAGCCCGCGUUUUUCACGUGCCUCGGCCGCCAGACCCUCUUCACCCUCUGCUUCACCGUCUGUAUCUCCCGUGUCACCGUGUGCUCUUUCCAGAUCGUCCGCGUCUUCAACAUGGCCAGGCGCCUCCCGCGUGCCUAUGGCUACUGGGUCCGCUACCACGGGCCCUAUGUCUUCGUGGCGUCCUUCACGGUGCUCAAGGUGGUCAUCGUGGCGGGCAACGUGCUGGCCACGACCGCCGAGCCCGCCGCCCGCCCCAACCCCGAUGACCCCAAGAUCGCGGUUCUCGCCUGCAACUACCACAACGUGCUGCUGUUCAACACCAGCCUGGACCCGCUUCUGUCCGGCGGCUUCAGCUUCGCCUACGUGGGCAAGGAGCUGCCCACCACCCACAACGAGGCCAAGUUCAUCACCUUCCGCAUGACCUUCUACUUCCCCUCUUCCAUCUCCCUCCAUACCUUCAUGUCUGUCUACGAGGGGCUCCUGGUCACCAUCCUGCACCUCGUGGUCGCAGUGCUCAACCUUCUGGGCGCUUUGCCCCUGGGCUACUUCGGCCCCAAGUGUUGCGUGGUCCUCUUCUACCCGGAUCGCAACACGCCCGUCUACUUCAGAAACAUGAUUCAGGGCUACACCACGGGGAAGGACUAG